AUGUUUCGUGCCUUUCCUCGAGUAUAUACUAAUACCAACAUUAGCAUUAAUUCUAGUAAUAAGUUAUUAUCAAGCAGAAAUGUCAUAAGGAAUGUUCUAUUUCGUAGUUUUAAUUAUCUAGGAAGGAAUAAUAAUGUUGGUCUUGGAAUUUCUUCGAGUAAAAUGAACUUUAAUGAGAAACGUAGACUAUUGGUUAAUGUUCGCAAAAGGAAUUUUACAGAGUCACCAGAUCCUGAAGUUACCAUUCCUUCAAAACCUAUUACAGUAUCGAUAGAAUCCCCAAAAUUGUUAAUAAAUUGGCAAGACAACCAGACAAGUAAAUUUCAUAAUAUUUGGUUAAGAGAUCAUUGUAGAUGUGAACAAUGUUAUCAUCAUAUUACGAAACAACGUCUUGUGGACACAUUCAAAAUACCAGAGGACAUUAGACCGUUAUCUACGUCCCCAGGAUUAAAUGGAAUAGAGAUCACAUGGAAUGAUAAUCACGUCAGUUUUUUUAAUUGGAGUUGGUUGAGACGACAUUCCUAUGAUCCGCAAUUUAUCGAUGUUCAACCAUUCUUACAAAAAAAAGCAUUGUGGGAUGCAAGAAUUAAAGAUUGCCCACCGAUUGUGCAAUACGAAGAUGUGAUGCAAACUCAAGCAGGACUAUCAGAAUGGUUGAAGAAAAUCGAUAAGUAUGGAUUUUGUUUUGUCGAUGGAGUACCACCUAAAGUUAAGGAAACUGAAGAAUUAGCAGAAAGAAUUUGUUAUAUAAGAGAAUCUCAUUAUGGUAAAUUUUGGGAUUUCACAUCAAAUUUAGCUCAUGGAGAUACAGCAUAUACUACAUUUGCGUUAAAAGCUCAUACUGAUAACACUUACUUUACUGAUCCAUCCGGAUUGCAGAUGUUUCAUUUAAUCGAGUUCCAAGGUAAAGGAGGGUCGUCAUUAUUAAUUGACGGAUUCUCAAUAGCUCGUAAAUUAAAAAUGAAAUAUCCGGAAGCAUACAAAGUGUUAUCCACGAUUCGCAUCCCAACACAUUCCGCAGGAGAUUCCAACGUAUUAAUUCAGCCAACACCAUUAGCUUAUCCUAUCUUAAAUCAUAAUCCUUUAACAAAUGAACUUUAUCAAAUUCGUUAUAAUAAUGAUGAUAGGUCAACUUUAAAUCAAUUAACAUCCGAGGAAAUUGAAUCAUUUUACGAUUCAUUAAGAAAAUGGAAUAAAAUUUUAGUUGAUAAAGAAAAUGAAUAUUGGGUACAAUUGGGACCCGGUAGGGUAAUGAUUUUUGAUAAUUGGAGAGUAUUACAUGGUAGAGCGGAAUUUACCGGUCAUAGAAGAUUAAUUGGUGCUUAUUUAAAUUGGGAUGAUUAUAGAAGUAAAUUAAAGGUUUCCAGUUUAUCCAGACAAGAAAUUGAAGAGGCUUUAUAA